CACCACAACAAGGAGGAUUGCUGCUGCGAGUAACGGGAUUUGUUACAAGCUUAGUGGUUUCUCUGGGUUUUGUUGGAGUUUCCUCGCCAAACCCAACUUAACGGAGGUUAAAGGCAGACGCGGAGGGUCGAUGAUACACCGAUGUUGUGAAGAGACGCUGUUUUUGAAGUGUCGGAAAGGAACCGUUGAAGACCGUUGGAGAGUUGUGACUGGAAACUUUUAAACUGUGGAAAAAAAAAUCUCACAUGGACUCUUCAUCUGUAAAAAGGAGCAAACCCGUUUCGGGGAAAACGGGGUUGUUUUUGUGACUCUUUCCUCAACUCACUGCAACAGUGUAGAAAACGACAGGUUGCCAGGAUGACAAUAGAUGUGUGUUUCCUGUUUCCUCCACAAAGCCAAACCUGCAGAGCUGUCUGCGUUCACCGAAACAGAUGAAGUACCACGUGAAGGCCAUCAACGUUUCUGGUCACGGUCUGAGAAUGACAUCAGUCAGGGAUUUACGGGACUGGUCCCGUGGCGUGUGCGCCACUUAUCCCAACGUGGACAUAAAGGACAUGUCCACGUCCUUCAGAAACGGACUGGCUUUCUGUGCCAUCAUACACAAACACCGACCUGAUUUGAUAGAUUUCAGCUCCCUCUCCAAAAAAAAUAUUUAUCAGAAUAACAAACUGGCCUUCACUGUUGCAGAAACCCGGCUGGGGGUCUCUGCACUCCUGGACCCCAAGGAGCUGGUCUCCAACAAGGUGCCUGAUGGUCUGAGCAUCGUCACCUACCUGUCGCAGCUCUACUUCUACUUCAACAGGAAGUCACUUGGUGCUGGUCCUGCUGGUUUAAGUUCAUCUCAUGGAGCAGUUUUAAACAAAACCGGUGACUCUUCCAAACCGCUGAAGUCUGUGACUCAUCUGGAAACUGAUCACUUCUCCAACACGAGAACGCGGAUGGUGUGUCAUUUAUGUUUGAAGCCUGUCCACCUCAUUCAGAGACAUUUGAUUGACGGGAAGUUCUAUCAUCUCAGCUGUUUCAGGUGUAAACUGUGUCACAGCACACUCUUACCAGAGUCAUACAAACAGGGAGGUGAUGCUCAAUCCCUGAUCUGCACCUAUCAUAUAACUAUCGAAAGUCCUCGUUCUGACUCAAAUCAGUUUAUCGGAUCAGUUGAAAAUCAUCCAGAAUGUAACAUUCAUGCAGGUUUUUCAUCAUAUAGUGGCCUUUGUAUCAGCAGCGUUCCUCAUUACACUAACAAAACAAUGGCGCAGGACGAACCGGUUUUUAAAACAUCAGAGAUGGAGGCGACAGAAGAACAGCAAAGAAACAGCAAAGAUAUGGAAAGAGAAAACUUAGACUCAACUGAGGAGUUCAGCGGUGUGUCUACGAAUCCUCCACCUCCUGAUUCUCCUGCACCUCGGGAUGAACAGACAGACACGGAGGCUGCACCCAUACAGACAAACAGUGACAUACAAGAGGAAGUGGUAGUGAAUCAACAGCCGUCCGCAGAUCUGUCAGCGUGUGGAGAAGUGACACAAAGAGAUGAUGGUGUUGAUCCAGGUCCCACUGUGAUCUCUGCUCCUGUGCUCCAGAAGAAUGACACGUCUGCAGCUGCAGGGAUUAAUCCUGCAGGUGUUUCCUCCAAUCAACACAGACCUUCACUCACUCCAGCUCAGAGUGGCCAAACUGCGGGCCGCUCUAAAGUAAAACUCAAACAUCCAUGGAUGACCAUCAUUCACCCUGGACCCUGGACCCAGCUGCCGCCUGCUGCUCCUCCUGUAGCACCUUCUCACCUCAAAUCACUUUAUAGACCUUGUGGACCCUGGUACAGGACCAGAGCUGUUCCUUCUAACCCGUUCGUAGAGAAGGUGCCGAUGAAAGCCAGGUCUGAGCACCAAAGAAAGUCCAGGGUAACAGCUGUUGGUUCGGAGAUAAACGGCACUGAAUCUGCUGCUCAAGGAGGUGCAGGUGUUGCAGGCACCCAGUGUCUCACCCCGAAUGUCUCACCCAGCCAACGUAAGUCAAUGACCAAGUCCCAGUCUUUACAGAGCCUUUCAUCUAAACGAGUCCCCGCUCCCGGACACGGCUUCCCUCUUGUCAAAAGAAAGGUGCAGACGGAUGAAUGUGGUUCUACACAGAACCUGGAGACACAGAUGAGAGAAGUAGGAGAACGUCUGGAGGAAGUGCAGCAGAGAGGAGUGCAGCUGGAGAAGAAGCUGAGGGAAUGUCAGGAUGCUGAAGAGGAAGAACAGAUGCUGAUGGAUUGGUUUUCUCUUCUGUGCGAACGUCAAGUUCUGGUGCGCCGAGACACAGAGCUGGUUUAUCUAACUAAGCAGCAGCAUUUAGAGGAGAGACAGGCAGACGUGGAGUAUGAGAUCAGAUGUAUCCUUAAUAAACCUGAGAAGGACAAGAGUCCCGAGGAUCAAGGGCGAGAGCAGCAGCUGAUGGAUGAACUGGUCUCCAUUAUUGAAGAGAGAGACCACAUCAUUGGCAGUUUAGACCUGGACAGGCAGAGGGAACAGGAAGAAGAGGGCGUUUCAAAAGCCUUUUUGAAGAACAAAGAGAUUCAGAAAGAAGGUCUUAAAGAGAUGAAGAAGUCCAAAGGAAAGAUGAACCCCACCAAUAUUUUCAAGAUCCUCAAUCACAAAGUUGAAAACACCGAGGAUCACAGGGAGAAUAACAGCUGAUGCACUUACAUGAACUUAAUACAUGUAUCUUCCACCACUUUAUCCUGCUUAUGCUCUCACUAGGCAUCAGAGUACAUCUCAGCUGACAUACAGUGAAAGGCUGUUGUGUACUUUUAAUCAUUACUUAAACCCUGCUUCAAAACUAAAAAAAGAGUUUAAUAUAUCUGCUAUUACAUAAGACUUUAGUUUGCAUUUCAAUAAUAAAGACAAGAAAACGUAGAAUUUCCUUUAAUAAAGGGUUUCAGUUUUAUAUUUUGUCUUUUCAUGAUGUCUUAACCUUAUUACCUGCUAUUUGGUGAUAUUUAUAGAUACUGAUGCUGUAAACAUUAAUUUGUUAGAUUUAUUUGUCAUGUCAACCUCAUGUCCUUUAAAAAGAAAAUAUAU